UUUCUCACAUUUUCCAACAAUAACAACAUCAUAGUAUUACGGUUACUUCAUUACAUAACACAACACACUGUUCUUGUUCUUGUUUUGUUCGCACAUAAGAGAAGUGUGAACAAACUCACAUCACAUAGCUAUGGUGAAAUCUAGUUCUUGUUUAAGGUUAAUCACAUGCGGUGGUGGUAGUGAUAAAGAAGAUCACCAUGUUGUUUCUGAGGCCAAGGAUUCAAAUGAUAAACGCGGUUGGAGUUUUCGGAAGAGAUCUGCAAGGCAUCGUGUACUUAGCAAUACUGUGAUAACAGCAGAGACCACAUCUUCGGAAAAUAAGGAGAUUUCAGAAUAUCCAAGUAUUAGUUUUCAAUCCUCAGCUGAGCCUAAUGUUGUUGAGAAGAUUUGUACAACAGAUUUCUCUAAUGAAAAGCCGCAGUUAUCCUCCGAUGUCUGCUCGGAGAUGCCAGAAACAAUUGUCACCGAGACUGAGAAUAAGGUGGAUGUCAAUCCACCGGAAUCUGCUGUGAUAAUCAUCCAGGCUUCAAUUAGAGGAUAUUUGGCUCGGAGAGCACUUCUAAAGAGUAAGAAUGCAGUGAAGUUGCAAGCUGCUGUUCGUGGGCACUUGGUUAGAAGGCAUGCUGUUGGAACAUUGCGAUGUGUUCAAGCUAUUGCUAAAAUGCAGCUCCUUGUACGAUCACGACAUGCUCAGAAGUCACAUACCGAUGGAAAAAAUGAUUACUCAAAAACUACGGAUAAUGAGCAUUACACUGCCGAAUCAAAUGUGAAGCACACUUCUGUGGAAAAGCUUCUCAGCAAUAAGUUUGCUUGUCAGCUGUUGGAAUCAACACCAAAAAACAAACCUAUCCAUGUCAAAUGUGAUCCUUCUAAAGGUGAUUCUGCUUGGAAAUGGUUGGAGAGAUGGAUGUUUGUUUCGGCAAAAGAUUCUGCAGAAGAUAAAAAGCCAAUUUGUACGACAGAACAGUCGGACGAAACCAAAGAUAGCACUCAUGCAUCUCAAUCGGAAACAGAUAUUCCAUCUCAAGUUAUUCUUCAGUUGUCCGAUUCACCUCUACCAUCCGAGGAUGAAGAGAAGACUGCCACUUACUAUGAUACCAACUCACACUUUCAAGCAAGCUUGUCUUCAUCUUCUCUUAUAAAAGAUAACUUGGAAGAGUCUCCUCCCGAAAAGACGGUUACAUAUGAUUCUAAAGUAACCUCCACUGAAAUUGAUUCUUUCCAAAAUGAAAUAAUGGAAUCAAAUGCAAGUGUCGGACAUGAGCCUAAUUCUCCUCAGAAUCAAGAAAUUGGUGAACAGUACAAACUAUCAACGAAAGCAUUUGCCUCAGACCAACUAGAGACCGAGGGAAAGAAAAUUACAUUUGGAUCAAGGAAGUUAAGCAAUCCCUCAUUUAUUGCUGCUCAAUCAAAAUUUGAAGAGCUGAGUUCAAAUUCAAAUUCGGGUAGGCCGAGUGGUUUGCUUGACCAGGAUGUAUCGGUUGAGUCACAAGCAGAUAGUGCAUAUAUAUCAAAAGAGUUCAUUUCAUCUGAGAAUUCUACACCCUAUCCUUCCAGAAAUGCUGAUCCUGAAAGUGGUACCGUACUAUCUAUUUCUUCAACUCUUGAUUCACCUGACAGAUCAGAGACUUUGGAAAUCGAGCACGAUGCCAAAGAUUUAGUAGAAGGGAUAGUUAAUCCUGAAAACAAGACUGAUCAUGGUGUUGAAGCCAAUACUCCGACUUCUAACUUACCUAUCUCUGAUUCGGAUCAAUUAGAAACUGUUAAUGGUUCCCGUGGCAAUGUUGUUGAUUCAGUGAUGCCUGAGAACUCCAAAGAGCAUGCUGUUGAGCCUGAGAAAAUUGCAUCUGACUUGUUAAGAGAACAAACCGAGACUGUUCUGCAGGAUUUCACGUAUUCUCAACAAGCUUCACCGGGAAGCUAUAUGACAAUUCCUGAAUCUCAAGGAACACCUUCAAGUCAGGUUUCGGUGAAAACUAAAGAGAAUAAAAUCAACAAGACUGGAUCAAGCAGUAGACGCAGGGUACUGUCUGUUGGUAACAAGUCUCCUGCUAAUUCAAAUCAAGAUUCAGGCUCAAGAGUGUUUGUCGGUACCAAGUCUCCUGCGAAUGCAAAUCACGAUUCAGGCUCAAGAGGUAGUAGAGAACAAUUGCCUAAGGAUCAGCUGAAUGGAAAGAGACGCAAUUCAUUUGGCUCAAUAAAACCUGAACACACUGAUCAAGAACCUACCAAAGAUAAUAGUAGUAGCAAUAAUACUCUUCCCCGUUUCAUGCAAGCUACACAAUCUGCCAAGGCCAAGAUAAAUGCAAAUUCCUCUCCAAGAUCAAGUCCAGAUGUGCAUGACACUGACAUUAACAUCAAGAAGAGACAUUCCUUACCUGGUGCAACUGGUAAGCAGGGUUCUCCGCGUGUCGAACAGUCAUUAUCUCCAGCUCCGCAGGGCACAAAGGGCAAUGGUUCAACUGAGAGAAAAUGGCAGAGGUGAAUUGACGUGACAGUUUAAAUGUGCUCACAUCGGCGGUUUGUAGUUCUGAUAACAGUUGUAUUCUUUGCCUCCACUCCCUGACCCCAAAAUUUAUUGCUUGAGUUUGGUUGUGACAGACAUAUAUUAUAGAAAAACUAGCACUAGAAAGUGUGUGAAUGUGAGAGGCUUAUAUAUGUACAUUAUUGUUCUUCUCACUGUUAUUGUUUGUGUCACACUCAUUUUGGUACCAUUUGUGUAAGUUUCAGGCUAAUUCUGCUUGUGAUAUCACUUUGUGUUUGUUGAUGAUGUUUGUUAAAGAUGUUGUCUGGUUUUAAUAAGGUGAAUAUUUGUAUUUUGAUAUCUGCGCGAUUUUGUGAUAAGUAAAGAGGAAGUCAAUCAA